AUGUAUUUGUCGACUGACGAACCGACAUGUCACAAGUGCCACCAGAAGGGCCAUAUUCAACGAAAUUGUCUUUCUACUAUUAAAGAUUCAACUGUGAAUAAAAACAACAUAAGACACUCCGAUGACACUGGUUCACAAACACGUCUAGAAACUCAACAGGUCAAUACUGAUACUACUGAUGACAUCAUGGAUACACAAUACACUAAAAACGAUCAACACGAUAAAAAUGAUAAAACUGAUAAAACAAACAGUGUUUUUGAGACCGAUAAUGCCUCAGAAGCACCAACUAAAAAUUGUUAUAACGAUAAACAAAGCACAACCAGCGACGACCUUAAGAAUAGCAAGGUCACUGACAGCUGCAUCACGCCUAUACAUAACUUGACAGCCGACAAUGGUGUCGCUAUAGAGACCGAAGCGUUAACAGGUCAACGCACUAGUGUCUCAGAAUCCGUUUGUCCGACACAAACAGGACAAAACACAUUUAGUAUUGGUGAGGCGGUGGUAACAACCCACCCGUCGAAUUCUUUUUCUCUACUUCCGUUUUCGGGAGAAUCUCGCACUGACUCCAUUCAUGGUUUUGACAACCCAAACACCUCAAAUGGAGCGCAAGACGACAAUGAAGAUGCAGAAUCUUUUACAUCUGAGAUGUCAGAUUUAUCACAACUAAUGGAUGAUGACGAGGACAGAGUUCUUGACGACGAUAAAACCAUGUCAUUCUUAAAAGCUACGUACAACUCUAAACACCUGGUGCAGGAAGCUUCAAAAUUCUGCCCAGAAUUACGGUUACUAGUGCGCUCCCUGAAUCACGUUCGAAAGAAAAUAAAAAUGCCUGCGAGAGGAAAGUCCGCGUACAACGUUUAG